CGAUGAAAUUCACAUCCUCAGCUUUCUCUCUCGCGCAACCACAUCUCCGUCUUUCCCUCGCAACGCCGUCCGUCUCCUCUUCCCGACGAGGUGGGGAGCACGGAAAUCCGUGUCCCUCUGCGAGACCACCAUACCUGAAUUCCUUCUUUCUCUGCGAGACCACCAUAGCGGAAAUCUUCAAUUCUCGUCCAGGAGAUUAUAGCAUUCCCUUUUUUUUACUGGAAUUGGUCCCACCAAAUACAAGACACAUGGCACUUGAGGGGUGGAUCUAGACCAUUCAUCCGGUGGGCCAGGAAAAGUUGGGACUGUAAAAAGGAAUUUAGGAAUCAUUGAUGGUUCAUCAGGUGGGCCAUAGAUUUGCAAAAAGAGAUGGAUGAUCGGAAGAAAUUGACCGACGGUGCCCAUGUAUUGUAUGGCUUGGAUCUUGCGCACAUGUGCAUGCAUGAAUAGCUUGGAUCCUUCGCUAUAUACCACAUGCCCAUCUAAAGAAUGGCUUGCAGCGUGCACAGGAAGAUGAUGGGUUUUAUUGCAAGAUGUUAAUCUAUCAUGAGAAGCAGAGAUGGUAAACAUGCAUUAUUAAGUUCCAUGUAUUUGGGAGAUACUGUCAUAGGAUGUGGGGCAGCGAACAACCUUGCAUGAAUAAUCAGGCCGACACAGGAGUAGACUAUAUAACUUUGGAAAACGAUAACACUGAUAGUGAGAUGGCGGCGGAUGUUGAACCUGAAAGUGAUACAGCAGUGGAUGUCGAACCUGAAAGUGAUACGGCAUUGGACAUUGAACCUGAAAGUGACGCAGCAGUGGACGUUGAACCUGAAAGUGAUACGGCAGCAGACAUUGAACCUGAAAGUGAUACAGCAGGGGAUGCUGAACCAUGUGCAAGUUCAGAGGGCAGUUCAGUUCCUCAUGUAGGUAUGCGGUUUAAAACUGCCGAUGAGGCAUACACAUGGUACAAUGAUUAUGCAAUGCGUGUGGGUUUCAGUGUGCGUAAAGACCGCCAGGAAAAGUCGAAACGCGACGGAGAAGUUAUCUCCAGACUAUUUGUAUGCUCAAAGGAAGGAAAACGUCGGGAUAAAGACCCAGAUAAAGAAAAUAAAGACAAGCCUGAGCAAGCACACACAAGGGUAGGUUGCGAGGCAUAUCUCAUGGUAAAGAGAAGGAAGAGAGGUACUCUGGAGGAGUUUUGGGUGGUUACAAGAUUUCGGGAGCAUCAUAACCAUGAUUUAGUAUCUCCAGAUAAAACGCAUUCCCUUCGAUCGCAUAGGAAGAGGGGUCGUUCGGGUGCACAUUUUCGUGGGGUUCAUAUGUCUUCCUCACUCACGGAGUCCAAUGCUAUUGAAAAUGGUUUGUGCAAUCAUCUGAGUGUUAAAGGGCAUGAGGCUCCUACAAAAGGAGAUGGUGCAGCAGCUGACUAUGAUUAUGGAAGUGACAACCCCGAGGAUACUUCAGCAGACAAUCCAGGUCCACGUUUAGGUAUGCAGUUUAGAACUGCUGACGAAGCAUAUGCAUGGUAUAUUGAUUAUGCAAGGUGGGUUGGUUUCAAUGUGCGAAUCGAUCGUCAGGAAAAAUCGAAACGUGACGGAAUAGUCAUUUCUAGAUUAUUUGUAUGUUCCAAACAAGGAAAGCGUAGAGAUAAAUACCUAAAUAAAGAGAAUAGAAGCAAAGUUGAGCAAGUGGAAACAAGGGUAGGAUGCCAGGCAUAUCUUAUGGUAAAGAGAAGGAGAGGUCCUGUGGAGGAUAGUUGGGAGGUUACAAGGUUUCAAGAGCGUCAUAACCAUGACUUAAUGUCUCCGACGAAGUGUGGAAGGCGUGGGGCAAAAGCACUUGAAGAUAACAAUAUGACAACCUCUGCCAUAGAGAAGUGUUGGAAAGAUAUUAUUGAAGGCAAACAAACUGAAGCAAAAAACGGACAGCUCAAUACUCCAUUGACUGGAAGUAUUCAAGAAGGCAAUAUUGGGGAAGGGAACUGCACUGGCCAUUCCAAUAGCCAAACAACUCUGCAUGGACAUGAAGACAUGGACAGAGGUGGAUUCCCUUCUAAUGAAAGUGGUAAGAGCAGGUCAGAGAAGCGACGGAAGGGUACCAAGAGCUGCAGCAUUUGCAAGAGGCGCGAUCACAACAAGCGCAAAUGCCCCUCAUUGAAGGCCACAGGGGAUACUCUACAGCCAGACAAUGACUUGCAUCCAGACAUGAUAGAUAGUGAAGUUAUCAAGGAUCGGCUCCCAAAUGGUAUCAUGUAUCAGGAUUUUGUGCAUAAUCGGGGAAUUUACAGACAACCAGCCAGUGACAUUGUACUUGGUUUCUACUUUGGAGACUGAUCUUUUGUUCAUGGUCUUCUUUUAAAAUUCUGACGACCGAUAAGGUAGUAGGGCCUGUUCUUUGUAAGGUAUCAACUACACAAUCUUAGAACAUUAAUUACAUCUUAGAAGAUGUUGAUGUAA